CUUCUUAUUACUCAUUCCCGUAGUUUCUUGACAGUAUUUGCACCGAAUCGUUAGGCACACCUACAACAGCGCAGUAGCCCCUGCGCUCCCUUUGUCUCAGGAACCUCGUCCCUGUCCCUACGUACCUCCAUGCAUGUGCCUUCUAAUUCUGCCCUCCUCCUCUCCAUUCUUUUGAAGUAUUCCUCCUGUUCUCGUUGCAGCUUUCCCCAUGCAUCUCACGUGUCUCUUCAUUCCCUUCGAUGCCAAUUUUACACUGCCACAAGAUGGCCUUGUAGAUUUCCGCUGACCGCACCGGAACCUUCUCUCUUCGUGCUGUUCGAAUCUCGAGGCAUAAUUCCAUCUUCUUCCAUGGAUGGAAGGCCAUGAAACGAACAAGAUCGUGACCAUCUGAAUCAUAAGGGUCUCAGUACUCGUGUUGAUCUUAAAGCAUUUAUGAUCGCGGUUGAGAAGGGGACGGGCCCUACGUGCCCGUUAACCGUCCAACACACAACCUUGCAUCCCACGUUGGGUGGCAUUCCCGUGAUUUCAGGGAGAUUAGCGUGGCAAACUCAUGGUUUCGUUAACCUUGCGAUCGCGUCACAUCGGCCCCGUUUAAAUCCCUCGGCCUCGCUCUCUACUUCCUCCGCCACCCACGCGAAGCACUAGACAUGCUUCCGAAUAGCCUUUUCUUCUUGUUCUUCUUCCUUUUCCUUCCCCUCGUGGCAUGCACGUCGGUGCCGCCGCCGGACCUGGCGCCGAUGAGCCCCGAUGAGAACGCCACCGAGUUCAUCCGCGCUCGCUGCGUCCUCACCCGUUACCCCGACCUCUGUUUCACGUCGCUCUCCUCCUACGCGUCGGCCGUCCGGCGGAGCCCCGUCCAGCUCGCCCGUCUCGCCACCAACGUCACCCUCGCCCGCCUCUGUGCCCUCCGCGCCCACGUCUCCGCCCUCCGCCGCGCCGGAGCAGGCGCGCCCGGGCGCGAGGCGGCGGCGCUGCGUGACUGCGCCGAGCAGCUGGGCGACGCCGCCGACCAGGUGGGUCGGACCGCCGCCGAGCUGAGGGGCCUGGAGGCCCUGGUUGGGAUGGAGGUAGCGUGGCGAGUCUCCAACGCCCAGACGUGGAUGAGCGCCGCCCUGACCAACGAGGACACAUGCUCCGAUGGCUUCCGCGAGAUGGGCGGCGGCGGCACGAGCUCCAUCAGGACCGACGUGUGCCGGCGGGUCGGGAGGGUUAUUCAGUACACGAGCAACGCCCUUGCCCUCGUCAACAGCCUUGUCAACGGCGGAUGAUCGCUUCUCGCCGUCUCUCUCUUAAUACUUGGAUCACCAAAGCUGCGUAUUUUAAAGUGGUCUUGAAACAUGGUAUGUCUCAGAUAGCUAAUUUCGUUGGUGUUGUGUGAGAGAGAGGGAGAGAAUAGAUACAAAGUGGUAUUGUAGUUAGUCUAGUGUUGGUGAGUUGCUUGCUUGGUGGGAUUCUGCUUUGUAAAGACACUCUUCUAUGGCGUGUUUCCGGUUGUCAUUUGUCUUCUUCCUUGAAAACAAAUGCCGUUCUUUGCAA